CAUGACGUCACCGCGCACAGCCCGUUCCUUGCCCCGGAAGGGUUAUUGCCGCCGUGACCCCCCGACCGUCCUUCCUUCUUCCUUUCUGAAGUAGGCACCGGCGGAGCGCACCAUGGGCCGCGUGAUCCGGGGGCAGCGGAAGGGCGCCGGGUCUGUGUUCCGAGCCCACGUGAAGCACCGGAAGGGCCCCGCUAAGCUGAGGGCGAUCGACUUCGCCGAGAGACACGGCUACAUCAAGGGCAUCGUAAAGGAUAUCAUUCAUGAUCCUGGCCGAGGUGCUCCCCUUGCCAAGGUUGCAUUUCGUGAUCCAUACAGGUUUAAGAAAAGAACAGAGUUGUUCAUUGCAGCUGAAGGUAUUCAUACUGGCCAAUUUGUUUACUGUGGCAAGAAAGCUCAGCUUAACAUCGGAAAUGUCCUACCUGUUGGCACUAUGCCAGAAGGAACCAUUGUCUGUUGCCUUGAAGAGAAGCCUGGUGACCGUGGUAAAUUGGCCCGUGCUUCUGGAAACUAUGCCACAGUUAUCUCCCACAAUCCUGAAACCAAGAAAACCAGAGUGAAGUUGCCUUCUGGUUCCAAGAAGGUGAUCUCUUCUGCAAACAGAGCUGUUGUUGGUAUUGUUGCUGGUGGAGGUCGUAUUGACAAGCCUAUCCUAAAGGCAGGUCGUGCCUAUCACAAAUACAAGGCAAAGCGAAAUUGUUGGCCACGUGUCCGUGGUGUGGCUAUGAAUCCUGUAGAACAUCCCUUUGGUGGUGGUAACCAUCAGCAUAUUGGUAAGCCUUCAACCAUCAGGAGAGAUGCUCCAGCUGGUCGCAAAGUCGGUCUCAUUGCUGCCCGUCGUACUGGUAGACUGCGUGGAACCAAGACCGUGCAGGAGAAGGAGAACUAAUGUCUUUCAAUACAGUUUACACAAUAAAAGGCUUAAA